UAUUAAUAUAACAUUCAUUAUAUGGAAGACAUACGUGUAAGGUAAGAUAACAGUAGGAAGGUCAAAAUAUCAGAGAUGGCAAGCGGGCGUGUGCUCAUCAUUGGUAAAGUGGACAAAAAGUGAAAGGUGAAAUUCAAUGGUGGUGUAACAAAAUUUUGGCAGUAGGAGGACCAGUAUAAAAUGACCGUAAGCAUCCUCAAAGUUACCACAGUCGUAUCCAGUCGUCUUCUCAUUCAAACGAGACACCAAAUUCGAUUAGUAAUCAUGAAGAUGAUCAUAAUCUUGUUCGCCGUCAUGGUUGUUGCAUAUGCACUACCAGCUCCACAAACUGUUCAACACGAUGAAGUUGCGCUCGUUAAGGAAACACCCUCUGACAAUAUUGGUCUUGGUGGUUACAAUUAUGGUUAUGAACUUUCAAAUGGUCAACACCAUCAAGAAUCCGCCGAAUUGAAAAAUGCUGGAAGUGAAGAUGAAGCACUCGUUGUUAGGGGUACCUUCGGUUGGGUUGAUCCAGUUACCAAUCAACGAUACGACGUCUCAUAUGUUGCUGAUGAAAAUGGUUUCCACCCACAAGGAGAACAUCUUCCAUCAUAAAUUUGGUUUUCCUUAUCUACGAACAAUUCGCUAAACAAUUUUAGGACCUGAACAAAAUAAUUCGAAUUAGAAGAUGAUGAAGAAGAAAAAGAAGAAGAAGAAGAAGGUGGAU